AGCACACAGAGAGACAGACACACACACACACACACACACACACAAACAAGCAUAGCUACAUACCGUUAAUUGUAGCUAGCUGGUUAGCGCCGCGCCAUAACAAUCUGUCAUUGCAAUAUAUUCAGUGGCACUAAAAAUGAGCGAUAAUGACAAAGGUUACGGCGAGCGGUGAGGGGAAGGCGGCCGAGGGGAAGCGGUUUAGACCCUGGCGGUAGGGGUAUGAAGCAGUUGCCACCCACAUGAACGAGCCCAGAUUUUGCUCCGCGCCCAGAGUUCAGGGUGCUGAACUUCUGGUGGUAACUGCCGGGCAACAGGAACCUCUUUUUAAAAGAGCUUUGCUUUUUCCGAAAAUGCUCUUUCUGGUAGACGUCGGUCAGGGCGGUUUUCGUGUGGCGGUGUGAAACCAGAUUCUGGUUAAUUCUUCAGAAGAAAUACGUUAAUUGGAAAUGACUGGUAGUAAAUUGCAUUUAGAGAUGGAAGAUAGGAUCUCAAUUGAGUGAUGUGAAUUUACAUUUGCUUACAUUAAUCCUAAAAUGUCAUUAUGGUAUCUCUCAUUUUGGGUUUGGGCAUGGGUACUUUCUGUAAAAUGAAACAACAUAAUGUUAUUGAACAACAAUGUAAAAUGAACGGCCUCAAGAUGUCAUUUUAUUCAUUUGCACUGACUCGCACAUUCAGCCCUCGUGUUUCCCUUUGCAGUAAUUUUUUAUUUUUUUUACUUUAAUAAAUAAGUUUAAAAGUUUUUUGUGCCACUGUGUUUGCAUUCAAGCAGUUUCUCUUUGAAGAAAAUGUGUCUUUACUCUUGAUAAAUCUCCAGCUUACUCCCAAGAUUUAAUGCCAGCAUCAUCAGUGCUGAUAAUGCAAGUCAAUACAGAUGGGUGGCAGAAGCAUCUUGAGGUUGUUUGGGCUACAUUAAACCGAGAUUUGUGUGUUUGUUUUUUUAAAUGAAGACAAUGUUGGUGGGGUUUAAUCUUGAAUAGGUUAUUCAAAAUUCAUCAAUAAACAGUAUAAAUUAAAUAAAUUCACAUUCAGUGGUUUGAAAUACACUUGAAUGCCUUAGAGGCCACUUGUCAGAAAUGUCUGCAGCGUCUAUUUAAUAUGGAAAACAAUGUAUUUAUUGCAACAACAAAAAAUGUAAAGCUAAAACUGAAAAGUAAUCAUGGCUCAUUAUUUUGUACUGACUUGUAAAUGUAUAGGACUGUUCUGAGGCUGAGAUCCCUCUACACGUCUAACUAAAAGUGGCCGAAAGGACAUGUAACAGUGAAUGUAGAACCACUGAAAGUGAAAUAUUGUAACAUAAACAAUUGUAUUAUGUGGUCUUAAACAUUCCAAUGCAUGUCAUAAGAUUAUACACAUUAAAAGUUGAAUGCGGGUGCAGUUUUAAUUGUAGUCAUAAAUUCUUCAUCCUUUUCUUUUUCAUAAAGGUUAAGAUUGGACGAAGAAAAUGCGGAAGAAGUCCACUUUAUUUUCAAUAAUAUGAAGCUCAGAUGUGUGAAGCUGAAUUGUUGAAUGCAUGCUAAAACAUGACGAGGGAAGAAGUAUGGGCAGUGUGAGAUGGGGGAAGUAAGAAGAAGUAAAACAAUUGAAGAAAGAAGAAUAAUGUGAAGUAAUGAAGUUACAGAAAUGAAGUUAAGGAAGUAAUCUGGAUAAGGCCACCCGCUAAGUAAUUUUCUGGUCUGUUUGCGUGCAUGUUCUUGUUAUUUUAUACAACAGUUUAAAUCAUUACACUUUUACACAACUGACACAUUUCUGUUUUUUUUCAUCAUGUUGACAAUUUAAUUAUAUUGAUUAUUGUAAUCCUGUUGAUGUCAUAUUAUCCAUGGCUACAAAAAUAGCAUUAACCUGCAUUCCUAAUCCACAAUCCUAAAUUCAGUUUUUCUGUACUUUUGACAGGAUAGUCUUAAUUACUAAAUAGAAUUUUUUUUUUUAGGCAAAUUUCUCAUUUUGUCAUCUCAUUGGUGCUGACAAGAGGUGUGUUGGUGUGUGUGUGGUUCGUUAGGAGUCUCGCUCUGCAUCCAGGAGUGUGAGUCCUCGGGGCUCUAGGAAGUCUGCAAGCCGCUCCCCAGCUCGGUCGCCUGCCCGUUCAAAAGAAGGCUCCCGCCACUCCCGCUCCAAAUCCCGGUCACGGUCCCGGUCAAAAUCUGGGUCCCACUCUCACCGUGGCUCACGGAGACACUAUAGCCGAUCUCGAUCCCGCUCAAGGUCCUACCGCCGCCGAUCUCACAGUAGGUCCUACAGUGGAGAGCGCCGACGCCGGAGUCAUAGCCGCUCACCGAUGUCCAACCGCCGCAGGCACAUCGGUAACCGAGCUAAUCCAGACCCAAACGGUUGCGUGGGAGUGUUUGGCCUGAGCUUGUACACCACGGAGAGGGAUCUGAGGGAAGUCUUCUCUAAAUACGGCCCCCUGGCGGAUGUCUCUAUUGUGUAUGACCAGCAGUCGAGGCGUUCCAGGGGCUUUGCUUUUGUGUACUUUGAGAACACCGGUGAUGCCAAGGAGGCAAAGGAACGAGCAAACGGCAUGGAGCUGGAUGGUCGUAGGAUCAGGGUAGACUUCUCCAUCACAAAAAGACCUCACACCCCAACCCCUGGAAUCUACAUGGGCCGACCCACAUAUGGUGGUGGUGGUGGUGGUGGUAGUAGUAGUGGAGGUAGUGGAAGUGGUCCAAGUGGUCCUCGCCGCAACUCACGAGACUAUGACCGUGGAUACGACCGCGGAUACGACCGAGGAUACGACAGAGGCGGCUAUGAACGCUACGACGACAGGGAUCACUACAGGUCAUACAGAAGGCGAUCUCCGUCCCCAUACUACAGAGGGGCUUAUAGGUCUCGGUCCAGGUCGCGGUCUUAUUCUCCCCGUCGCUAUUGAACGUUGCUGUCAAGCCCCUCCACUUCCCACACACAGACCGGAAAUGUUUGAGUGGAAUGAUUGAUUUCAGAAUAGAUCUUUUUUAAGGUGAUCCUCACACUUGACCAGUAUAACCAGCUAACGUACAUGACCAGUAUGUGUUUACUGAGAUCAGUAAUGUCAUUUGACAUGACUCAAACUGCCCCCUCAUGAUUUUAAUUUCAAAUGUAUAGGCCACAUCUGUCGUAAAAAAUAUAUUAAUGUUUUUAUUAAUGUAUUUUUUUUGUAUAUAAAUUGAGUGAAUGUUCCAUCUUUGAGCACAUUAAAAGGAAGAUGCAUUUUUUCUUUCUCA